UAUUUGUUCUACGGUCAAAAUCGUCUUCUUCCUCAUUUCCAUCGACGAGCAGCAUGGAAACAGAGCCGCUGCUUCCGGUAAGUAUCGGCUCCUCGACACCGUCUCCCACUCCGUCGCUGCCCUUUCACCGGCGGAGGCCCUCCUCCAGUUCCUCCACGCCGCCGCCCUCCGCUCUGUGCACUCUCCCUGAAGACGGAGAGAUUUCUAUCCCCGUCGUUUCUUCCCCCAGUACCGCCGCCUCUUCUUCCCUCAAGGAUCUCCUCAUCUUCGGCCACUUCCCUAACGGAUCCGACGACCAACCCGACGCCUCCGCCCCUUCUCCCCCUCGUCCUUCCUCCCCUGUCCCCAACAGUCCCAACCCUAGCCCCUUCUCUUCCGCUUUCGCCGCCGCCGCCGCCGCCGCCGCCACCGCCACCGAUGUUUGGCUCAGCUAUCCUUCCUCCGCGCAUUGGAAAACCAACCUCCACCGAUCCCGAACCGCCCCCGCGAUGGCGACGCUCAACGACGUCAGCCCCUCCCAGCCCGACGCCCCCCGUCGACCCUCCAUCAUCAGCCAGGCCUUCAUCCUCCUCGUCCUCUACCUCUCUUUUGGAGUCUCCAUCUAUAUCUUCAAUCGCCAUCACUUCGUUGCUACCGAGACUCACCCUGUGGUUGACGCCCUCUACUUCUGCAUCGUCACUAUGUGCACCAUCGGCUACGGCGACAUCACCCCCGCCUCCUCCUCUGCCAAGAUCUUCUCCAUCUUGUUCGUGAUCAUUGGCUUUGGUUUUGUCGACAUCCUUCUCACUGGCAUGGUAUCUUACGUGCUCGAUAUCCAGGAGUCCCUCCUCCUCUCCGCCGUCAAUAACCCAUUGAAGGUUGACGACAACAUCACCCGGAACUACAUCAUCGAUGUCAAGAAGGGGCGGAUGAGGAUACGGAUGAAGGUCGCGCUUGCACUCUGCGUCGUCCUGCUCUGCAUCGGCCUCGGCACUGGGGUGCUUCGCUUUGUCGAGCGGCUCGAGUGGCUCGAUUCGUUUUACCUGUCCGUGAUGUCCGUGACCACGGUGGGGUACGGAGACCGAGCAUUCAAGACGCUCCCGGGCAGGCUGUUUGCGUCGCUGUGGCUUCUCGUUUCCACUCUUGCAGUCGCUCGUGCAUUUCUUUACUUAGCCGAGGCGAGGAUCGAUAAGAGGCACAGGAACAUAGCAAAAUUGGUGCUUUGCAGGGACAUGACCGUCUCGGAAUUCCUUGCUGCUGAUAUCAAUAACACCGGAUUUGUUACUAAAUCAGAAUAUGUGAUUUACAAGCUCAAGGAGAUGGAAAAGAUCUCGCAGAAAGAUAUCAUACCCAUCUGCAACCAAUUUGACAAGCUAGAUGCUGGAAAAUGCGGAAAAAUCACUCUCUCUUAUCUCAUUGCAAGUCAUCAUUAACAUAAUUCAUUGAAGAAUCGGUAUUAUGCAUAAUAGAUAUCAAGUGGGGUUAUUGGCUGCAAUGAAACUGAUAUCCGAAGUGAAUCUUUACGAUUACAAGGUUGUGUGGCUUGUUCUCGGGGAUGUGUGUGGCUUGUUGUCUAGGAGUUUCUCGCCCUCCCAUUUUUUGAUACCGAUAUACCACAUUGAGAGGAAGUGGGAACCAAGUUGCAAGUUGCAGCUUGUAAACAAUUCUGUAUUUGGCUUGUGCUUCUCUAUGAUUCUUCAUUUCUUGGUAUCGUAGUCAAGCCACUACUGCGAUGUAUUGUAUCAGAAACCUUGUAAAUAGCUAAGCAGUAGUCAAUAUUAGUCAUGUCAAUUUAUGGUUUAUUCAAUAAUAUCCAGUCAAAUCAUUCUCUGUACUGGACUGGCUGAUUCGAUUAACUCAGGAAUCACAAACCAGCUGGUUCUAUUGUGAUCA